UAUGGGAAAACGGAAAAACUGAUAUGCUUAUGGAAAUUUUUACAGAAGGAAAAAGAUCUUGAAUUGGCUGCUAAAAUUGGGCAAUCACUUCUCGAACAAAAUCGCGAAUUACAAGAUCGGAAUGAUUUUCUAGAAGAAUCAUUAAAUGCAAGUAAUGAAGCUAUUGUUCAAUUACGACAUGAACUUCAAAUGCGAAUCAAUUUGUUACAUGUUUAUGCCGAUUAUGAAGAUGAUCUUGAUUCACCUAUAUCGAGCCUUCAGCAACGGGUAAAAAAACUUGAAGAGGAAAACACAAAUUUGAAAUUAGAGGUUUAA